CGCGUCUCGCUGUGGGGUUUGUCUUAUAUGUCAGUCGCUUUAUUUUUUGUCCGACUAUCGUGAUGGCGACCCACGCGUACGUCAAGUGGCUGGAAGAACCCGUGAAAUGGGAUGUAGUCCGACUGAAGCAUGUGAGAGGAAGGGGUCCUCUGGCUGCUGGCUCCAGAGUUGAGGUGAAGUGGGCUGGAGAAUUUCAUCCUGCAGUCAUAGUGGAGAUUGGGAAGCAAAAUGUUCUAGCCAAGAAACAACUGGACCAUAAGAGGCGACAGCGAGAGGCCUCACCUCCACAGGACCCUAUCAAGAGGAAAAGGCAGCAUGAUGAUGAUCAAGCAACCACAUCAGGGACAUCAAGAAAGCAGCAACAGAAGCGCCAGAAGAGACUGCAGUCAUUGGCCGUCCUGGACGAGGUCGAGGACAGUGCGGAGGAGUGUGCUGGAUGCCAAGAAAAGGAGGAGACGAUCGAGGGGCUGCAGCACGAUGUGGAUAGUUUGCGAAAACAGCUUACCAGGGUGCAGGAGGUCAUGGCCAGUGGCACCAAAAUCGAUGAAGUUGUGCGGCGCCUGGAGGACGCAGUCAUCUGGCUGGAGGAAAACAGGACCUUUUUGGCGACCAGGCAGGCGGAUUCUUCUGAUGUGUGCAGAAGCGCAGUGGUGACGCCAGCUCAGGACGCAGCGGCGUCGAGCUCGGUCCCGUCCACCCGCCCGGACCAACCUUUGCGGCGCGAUGGCCCCGAAAUGGUGUCUAUUGGACCAGCGACUAAAGUGCCCGCCGCCACUAUGAACAAGAUCACGUGGAGCAACCCAAAAAAAGCGGUCCGGGAGCUUCUGAUGGUGGUUUUUACCACACCGGUGCUUCGGGCGUCUUCGAUGACGGGCCGUCCGAGUAACGGAAACAAAUACCGGCAGACAGGUCUUGAUGUUAGACCGGCACUGGACCAGGAUAAGCUGCACGACCUUAUCGACUUUCUGGAAACGAAUACGGGCCUCACGAGGAGCGAAGUGAGGCGCACUAUCGCCGCGAAAAUAAAUGAUCUCAACAAGGCGAAGCGUUCGGUCGACGCACGCGAGGCUGCAGCCUAAAAUGUGCAACGUGCAACUAGAACCUGGAAGUGUACUGGCUGUGAGUGCACAGAACAUUUUGUUAACCCACGAGCCGCUGGGGGGGGGGGCAUAAAGUUGCCCCCCCCUUUACGUUUUGUGAAAUAUCUCCGAAACCUGAUGAGCUACGAACGUGAAACUUGGCAUAGCUUCAAAUGAAU